CUUCAGGUCUUGAUUUCAUCUCUGCUUGCGUCUAAUUUUAGAAUGUUUAAUUGCACCCUGGUGCAGGCGCGGAUAAUAAUAAUCAUAAAAAAAAUACAAAUCUAUUUUUAUGCGAAAUAUACAUAAAGAGGUCAGGCUUGUCUAACUGACGUCAGUCAGAUAUCACUCAGUCAGUCGUCCGUUAUUUUUCAUUGGUGGUCACCAUGACAUCAUUAAAUACCGGAGAGGGAUACCGGUAGACCGAUGAGAUUUUGAGGAUUUCCUGUCUGAUCCGGCUAACCGGCAUCCCGGCAUUAUUGUCCUGCAGAUAUUGUAACUGAGAGUUUGGUGCUUCUGGAAGGACUCUAUCUGUAAAUCAAAGCCAUGGGGAAGGAUUACUAUAAAAUCCUUGGCAUACCUUCAGGCUCUAAUGAGGAUGAAAUCAAAAAGGCCUACAGGAGGAUGGCUCUAAAGUUUCAUCCAGACAAAAACAAGGAUCCCAAUGCUGAAGAGAAGUUUAAGGAGAUAGCAGAGGCUUAUGAGGUACUGAGUGACCCAAAGAAGAGAGUCAUCUAUGACCAGUACGGUGAGGAUGGCUUGAAAACAGGUGGCACAGGCUCAUCUAGUGGACAAGGGACUACAUAUCACUACACCUUCCAUGGGGAUCCACAUGCCACCUUUGCUUCUUUCUUUGGAGGCUCCAACCCCUUCGAUAUAUUCUUCGGUUCUGGACGCCAACGGGGAACCACCAAUGGCGCUAGUGACCAUGUUGGCGAUCAUGACAUGGACAUUGACAUGGAUGGAGAUGAUGAUCCUUUCAGUUCCUUCAGCCACUUUGGCUUCAAUGGUAUCAAUGGUUUUCACCACGGUGGAGGUCGAAGACAUCGUAACGAGCCCCUUCACAGCAGCCGAAGGAAAGUACAGGACCCUCCGAUGGUACAUGAGCUUAAAGUGUCUCUAGAGGAGAUCUUUCAUGGAUGUACCAAGCGGAUGCGAAUCACUCGGCGACGGCUAAACCCAGAUGGAAGGACAAUGAGGACAGAGGACAAGAUCCUUAACAUUGUUAUCAAGAGAGGCUGGAAGGAAGGGACCAAGAUCACCUUCCCCAAAGAGGGUGAUGAGACACCUGAGAACGUUCCUGCUGAUAUUGCAUUUGUACUAAAAGACAAAGGGCACCCGCGCUUCAAGAGGGAUGGAUCUAACAUCAUUUACACAGCCAAGAUCGGUCUUAAGGAGGCAUUGUGUGGCUGUACAGUGACCAUUCCCACCAUUGACAACCGAGCAAUCACAUUGCCCUGCAACGAUAUCAUCAAACCAGGCACAAUCAAGAGACUACGUGGAGAAGGCCUACCUUUCCCAAAAAAUCCAUCUCAACGCGGAGAUUUGAUAGUGCAGUUCCAGGUGCGCUUCCCGGACAGAAUCCCAGCCCAGUCCAGAGAGAUCAUCAAACAGCACCUGCCACAGUCUUAGAGGACGCUCACUGGAUACACUGUAGGGUUACGUUUCUCAAACACGUUUUCAGCAACAAUACAGACGCUGAAUUCAAAGAGGGACAAAUAUGUCUGAAGGACCAGAGGCUCAUUUGAAAUUUUGUUACAGUUUUACUUAAUUUAUUAUCAAUUUCUCUGGACAUGUGGAACGCUGAUUUUUGGGAUGUUGAAGUAGUUUGAAAUGCCAAGGCCAUGACUUAUAACCAACCUUAUUUUUAGAAAUAUUUUUUUAUAUAUGUAACUUCCAGACAAAGCAGACAAAAUGACUGAUUUGUUGAAUGGAAGGUUAAUGAUUUUGUUGUAAUGAUGGAGAUGAGGACAGCUGGCUAUUGACUCUGGAGUUGAAUGUGUGUUAUUUUGUAGCAGAUUAAAUUCCCUUCCCUUAUUAUAUUCGAUAAUCUUGUUUUAAAAGAAGUAUUCAGUAUAGUGUGGAAGACUUUUUCGGAUUUCGAGCACCAACAGAGCCAUUUGGUAACUAUCUGAUAUAUUUCCAGUCCCUCAGCAGUCUACAGGUGCUUUCUGGUCGUUCUUGAAGUACGAGUUAUGGAAAUUUAUGGUAAACCUUUGGUGGGAUGUUUACAGGAUUUUUGAGUGCCUUAAUGUGGCUCAAACCAGCUAUUUUAGAUUUAUUAGCAUCUAAGGAUAUCAUUAAAACACAAAUACUAAUUCGAUUAUUUUGUCAUUUCUAUACCCAAAAAUAAUGUAUGGCAGUAACCAUCAAAGGGAUAGUUUACCCUAAAAAGUAUAAUUUGGCCAUGUAGUCAUCUUCAUGGUGCUCUUCAUAUAUGAUGUUAUUGUUUCUGUGAAACACGAGGAGUUAGCUGGAAGCAUAUCUAGGCUGAUUUUCCAGACAAUGACAAGGAAAUGAUGGCUUUGACUGUCUAGCAGUCUCUCUCUCUCUCUCUCUCUCUCUCUCUCUCUCUGACCAUAGGCAAUAUCUUAUAUAGACAAGUUAUAUUAUAGGUUAUAUAAUAAGUAUUUGACACAUCACAUGGAUCAUACAAAAAAAAAAAAAAAAAACUUUGACCUAGAAUGUCAAGUUAAUAUGGACACAACAUUUUACAACUUGGUAACCUGACAAAUCGUCCUUGCUAACAGUUAUUCAUAAUUUCAUUGACUGAGAGAAGGAAACUUUCCGUGAAUAAAAACGUAUAAGUUUGAUAAAUAAUAAGUUCUGGUCUGUUCCUGUGUCAGGUUGUUCUGCCAAAGUUUGACAGCUGUGGUCAACAACAGCUAAAAUACCACCUCUUGUGUUGUGGAAAAAUAACCUCAUUUUCACAUGUGGCCAACAUGAUAUUUAAAUAAUCAUUGAUAAGUUAGAGCUCUUCGAAAAUGCUCAUUCAUUUACGUUAAUAUACACCCCUCCUCACGCAUUAAAAGAAACACAAACAUCCUCCGAAGUACAUGACAGUUUCAGUUAGUUGAAUUUUCUUUUAAUCCUAUAUGAAAAAAAUGAAAGUGAAUAGAAAAAGCAUCUUACUUUAUAUUGAUAAAAAUGUUUGAGGAUUGAUCUGAUCUGACUCUGACACCUGUGUGAAACUGAAACCUGUUCAUUGUUCAGUAAGCACAGCUAGGGCUUUUUUAUGAAGACAUGAGGGAAAUGUUUUUUGAACAGCUUUUUAGCAGUUCCAUAUGUACUGUAUUUCACACCUUUAAAUGUGUGCAAUGUGAAAUAACUUGCAAUAGUUCUCUUUAAUUUGGUUUAGAUUUAUAUAAAGUGCAAAACAUCCCUUUUAAUCUAUUUGUGAUGUACCAUCUUUCAGUAACAGUAACAGCAGCCUUUGAGUUACAGCAAUUUUCAUAUUUCCAGGGAUCCUUCCAGGAUAUUUCUUAUACAGUGGUAACUAUGUCAUUUAAUCAUUACUGUAUUUGGUGAUAAAAUGAAAGUGACCUUUUUAAGAACAGGUGUCAUGUUGCUUUAUUAUGUGCUGGUCUCUGUUUGGGUUGUUGUACCACUGUACUCAAGAGACUUUUGGACCUCCAGUUACUUCUGUGUUGAAUUUGAAUGUCAAAUUUAAAAAGUCCGGUUUAUUGCAUCUGUCCUCGUGUAUGAGACAGUAUUAAAUGCUGCUUUCUGCACCCCAUGGGAGGAUAAAUCAAUGCUGAAUGCAA